AUGACCAUGUCGCCCUCGACCCCGAGCAUACGUAUUUCUGGCUCCUCGCUGCACCGCUACCCGCUCCCCCACCACCACCGUCCCUCCUAUCCGAGCCCUCCAGGAGCCAUGGCCAUUCCUCGGGCGCGGCAAGAUGUGCCGCCUCCGUUGCCGCCGCCGCGUUACAUUGGCGAGGAGCUGCGCGAGAGCGGUGUGGAUCCAGGCUGGACAUGGGGCAACAACACAAACUAUUCGAGGGACACUGCCUUCAAGGGAAACCGACAUGGCGCCAUCAAGCCGGGCUCGAGUCUGCUGAGUGGAGCUGGCAGUGAUGUCGCGUCCUCGCACGAGCAUCCGGCAGAACACCUUUUUGCUGCAAGGGAGUCGCCUAGCGACCGAUCUUUUGACGACGCGGACAGCUUGGAGCAGAGUGACGAGGACUACGGCGGGAAACCUCGGCAGAGACCCUCGAACCAUAGGUUCACUAGCGAGCGACAGCUGGGACAAGGACUUCUCGAAACAUCGUCUCACGCUUACGACAAGCAGCUCCUGUCCAAGAUAGGCGGCCCCAACACUCCCACGAGGACCACGGCGCCCUCGCUCCCAGCCACCUCUCAAGAACCUGCACCUAAUGCGCACACCUCCUUCAACAAGCUGAACGGCCGACUGAAACCUCUCUCGGUGCCCGAUCGCCUGCAACAAACGUCGCUCGAAUCGCCCGUGUCCCGGUGGCCUCCUUCAGGUGCCGUGUCACCUGGCUUUUCCGGCUUCCGCAGCCCUGUGUUCGACUCUGGCUCCGCGGACGCUCAUCAGCGGAGAUUCGGCAGCAUAUCGACGCCCGGGCUGGACGACACUAGCUCCGUGCACCGCGGCAGUUACGACCAUAGCAUGUUUACGGAAUCCGAAUUUGGCGUGGAAGAGAACGGCAUGCGGGAUUUGAACAUCAACGAUCGCAGCCCUGCAGGGUCCGACGAAUAUCACCAGGGGCUAAAAGGCGGUCUAAAGCGACGCGCUUCGUCCCCUCCCUCGGAAGCUGCGCGUGAGGAUCGGCCCACAGCUGGUGGCAACACUGACUUGUAUCACCGCCGUUCUGCACAAAUGCUCGUCAGCCGCAAUGCGCCGCCUACAACGAACACAGCACGUUACCCGACGAUUUCUCACGGGUCACAAAAUCAAGGGUCGCUGUCCUCCGUGUCAAGUCUCGGUCAACGCACGGCUUCGUUCGCUUCUUCCUUUGGGUUUUCUGCAGCCAGUAGUUUGACCAGUUAUAGCGGGGAUCAACGUCUCUCGCCUAGUGCGCUGUCCCCCUCGGCGGAAGCGGAAUUAGGCCCCGUCUCGCCAUAUGCAGCUAGCAGGUCACUAAACCCUAGCCCGCGUGGUUCGCUAUCGAGACCGCACCACCAGCGAGGCCUCUCCGAGAACGAACAUCCCCAGAUUCACAGCGUGCGGAAGAUGUCCACGGACAGUAUUCUACACUCACGACAGAAUUCGAUUGGGGGUCGUAUCGUGGGCUCGUACAUCUGCGAAUGCUGCCCCAAGAAGCCGAAGAAGUUCGAUAGCGAAGAGGAGCUGCGUGUCCAUGAGCUCGAGAAGCAAUACACGUGCCAGUUUUGUCCAAACCGUUUCAAGAACAAGAACGAGGCCGAGCGACACCAAAAUUCGCUCCACUUGCGCCGUCACUCUUGGUCGUGCGCCGCGCUUGCAGGCGUCCAUGCGGCCUUUCACCCAUCUUCAACCCACUCUGGCGUGGCUGAUGUGUGCGGAUAUUGCGGUGAGGAAUUCCCAUUACCUCCGAAUUGGGACGCCAGGACCGAGCAUUUGAAUCACGUGCACAAGUUUGGAGAAUGCAAUCAGGCUAAGAAGUUUUUCCGAGCGGACCACUUCCGACAACAUCUGAAGCAUAGCCAUGCUGGGACAAGUGGAAAGUGGACCAACAUGCUCGAGAAUGCGUGCAUGAAGGACGAGCCCCCACCAAAAGAGCGCGUUGGCUCCAUAGGAUCAAUUGUGGGGCAAUCUUCUGCCCCGCUCGCCCCAAAACCAGGCACUAUUAACGAAGUACACGAAGAAUCAUGA